AUGUUUCAGGUGGAAAAGGAGAGAGUGUGGGCCCUGCACCAGGUGACAGAGGCCAGAGAGGUGGAAGAGGCCAGAGGGGUGGAAGAGGCCAGAGAGGUGGAAGAGGUCAGAGCGGUGGAAGAGGCCAGAGAGGUGGAAGAGGUGACAGAGGCCAGAGAGGUGGAAGAGGCCAGAGGGGUGGAAGAGGCCAGAGAGGUGGAAGAGGUCAGAGCGGUGGAAGAGGCCAGAGAGGUGACAGAGGCCAGAGAGGUGGAAGAGGCCAGAGAGGUGACAGAGGCCAGAGAGGUGGAAGAGGCCAGAGGGGUGGAAGAGGCCAGAGAGGUGGAAGAGGUCAGAGCGGUGGAAGAGGCCAGAGAGGUGGAAGAGGUCAGAGCGGUGGAAGAGGCCAGAGAGAGGCCAGAGAGGUGGAAGAGGCCAGAGGGGUGGAAGAGGCCAGAGAGGUGGAAGAGGUCAGAGCGGUGGAAGAGGCCAGAGAGGUGGAAGAGGUCAGAGCGGUGGAAGAGGCCAGAGAGGUGGAAGAGAGAGAGUGCAGAUGUUUCAGGUGGAAAAGGAGAGAGUGUGGGCCCUGCACCAGGUGACAGAGGCCAGAGAGGUGGAAGAGGCCAGAGGGGUGGAAGAGGCCAGAGAGGUGGAAGAGGUCAGAGAGGUGGAAGAGGAGAUAAUGCAGGUCCAAGUACUGGAGUUGGCAGCAGAGGAAGGAGAGGGAAAGGAGGCAGAGAUGCAGAGGAAGAGAACAGAGUUCAGAUGAUCCAAAUUGACCGAAGGGUCCGGACAGAGGCACUCAUUCAGGGCAUGAGUGAAGUGAGGCUACGAGCACUAGCAACCCAGGUCUUCACCCGGAAUCCUGGAUUAGUUUUUGAUGCACUUUCUCCAUUGGACAGCACAACCCCAUCUAACGCUGCUCUUCCAUGGUGCACCUGUGGGAACUGCAGGGAAAUGGCCACAGACGCUGAAAGGAAAUGCUGUGGCCAGGGGCCUGACUACUGCAUCAGCAAAUUGGCACAUUUUGAUCUGUAUUGUCUGGAAGAUGGUUAUUUGCGUAUUCACAGAGAUUACAGAAAUGAUAUGUUGGUGGUAGCUGAAGUUAUAGAGCCAGGAGAUGAUAACAGACAAUUUAGGUAUGCUGCUUAUCGUCAAUACAUCUUUUGGCAGCAUGGGUCACUGGGUCUGGGUAACCGUCGUGUUAUUCCCAGCUGCUGUAUAUGGAAAAUAAGGGACAAAUACUCUGACCCCCAAGGCCAGUACACUGGCUUUGUAUCCACCAUUUGA